AGCAGAUGCCGCCGGGUGGGACGGCGCGGCCCGGCUCCUCGUCCGCCUGCUCGCUUGGCCGCCGGAGAAGGUAUGAACGCCUGAGACGUCUGCAGUCGCCCAGUCAUGAGUCUCCUUGCGCCUGUCAGGAGGGAUCGGGUCAUCGCCGAACUGCCCCCAUGCUUCACCACAGAGGCAGCCCUCCAUACCAGGACUUCCUUUCACUCCAAAGUGGUUGGGAUGUGUCAGGCCCAGCGCACCGGCACUGUGGGGUUUAAGAUAUCCAAGAUCAUCGUGGUGGGCGACCUCUCGGUGGGCAAAACCUGUCUGAUCAACAGGUUUUGCAAAGACUCCUUCGACAAAAACUACAAGGCCACCAUUGGAGUGGACUUUGAGAUGGAACGCUUUGAGGUGUUGGGGGUCCCGUUUAGCCUGCAGCUGUGGGAUACGGCUGGCCAGGAACGCUUCAAGUGCAUUGCGUCCACCUACUACCGAGGAGCACAAGCCAUCAUUCUUGUAUUUGACGUGAACGACGCCUCUUCUUCUUCUUCUUGCAGGCAGUGGCUGGCAGAUGCCCUGAAAGAGAACGAUCCUUCCAGCGCCAUCCUCUUCUUAGUGGGCACCAAGAAGGAUCUCAGUUCCCCCGCGCAGUACAGGCUCAUUGAGAGGGAUGCUCUCAAGCUGGCUAAAGAGAUGCAGGCGGAAUAUUGGGCUGUCUCAUCACUCACAGGUGAGAACGUGCGGGAAUUCUUUUUCCGGGUGGCGGCGCAGACCUUUGAGGGCAGUGUGCUGGCGGAGCUGGAGAAGAGCAACGCUCGCCGGAUCGGCGACAUUGUGCGGAUCACUAGCAACGAACGGGACUUAUACCUGACCCAGAAGAGUCGGCGCGCCAAAUGCUGCCAGUGAUGGAACCCGCUUGGACCCCCAUCGGCCGCCUCGUCUUCGCACUGAACUCGUUCCGAUACCAAAGGACAGCAGCUCCACCCCCUCCGCCCCCCCCCCACCCUGCGAGCUGAGCAGCCCCCUAUUUCUGUGGCUGGCGACCGGCAGGCAAGCGAGGGAUGCCCUCGUAUAGGAGAAGCCCCUCCCGGCCUCCGUUUUCCUCUUGGGCCCAGCCGAGGCUCUGUGUCCUCGUUGCAUGUCACUCCCUCCCUGGUUCUGGCACAGUCUGAGAACGGGCACUGCCCUAGCCAGCUUCUCCUGCCUGUGCCCGUUUGUAGGUCCCAGUAGGUCUGCAGGCGAGGGAUUUAGCCAGAAUCAGCUUGCCC